GGAGAUGAUAGGAAACUGACACAGCCACCCUCCCCUCUCACCCGACCGAGGCGAGUCCCUGACAGCAUCACCGACAUGUCCCGCAAGCCAGUACGCUGUUAGCCGGUGAGGCUGGUCUAUUCAACGACAAUUCACAACCUUUAACAAGAUACUCGACGGCCGCGUAUUUUUAGCCAUAAGGUUGCAAGGCCAGUGUGUGUCUGAACAUAAUCAGCCAUGGCGUCAGCAAAUGUCACACUGGAAAAUCAGCUGCACAGCGCACAGAAAAACCUGCUCUUCCUCCAGCAGGACCAUGCCAACACGCUGAAGGGGCUUCACGCAGAGAUCCGCAGAUUACAACAGCAAUGCACAGAUCUGACAUACGAGCUCACUGUGAGAAGCUCUGAUCCUUCAGAUAGCAGUGAGAUCCGUUGCAAGGAGCUGCAACGCAGGUGUGAGGAGCUGGAGGCACAGCUGAAGAAGAAGGAGGAGGAGAACACAGAACUGCUCAGGGACCUUGAGCAGAAGAACGCCAUGAUCUCAGUCCUGGAAAACACCAUCAAGGAGAGGGAGAAGAAGUACCUGGAGGAGCUGAAGAUGAAAAGCCACAAGCUGGCUGUUUUGUCCGGGGAGCUGGAGCAGAGAGCGAGCACUAUUGCUUACCUUACCUCACAGCUUCAUGCCACCAAGAAGAAGCUGUUAGCUGGUAGUUCGUCUGAGGCCAGCCCUAACGUCAGUCCAGUCACGUCAUACAAGCCCACGCCUCCGCCAGCAAAGGACAGGCAGCCUGAAACCCCACGGCGUCGCAUGAAGAAGAGUCUCUCCCAGCCUCUUCACCCAGAACUGACAGAGGUGUAUCGGCUCGGCCCGGACGGUAGGCGGCUGGUUCUGCGGGAGACAGUAGACGCCAUGCCCGACCCCACACCCUUCCUGCAGGCUGGGAGAGACUCUCCCGAACCGCAGGUAGUGCGAGAACGACCCGCUGUUAUCCCUCCUAUUGCCUCUGAGCGCCCCCCAGUCGUUCCACUGGGUGCUACGGCCAGCCCUCGUCACAGCCCCGCUCGGGACCGUCAAUACAGGGCUCAUGUGGGCGUGGCACACCGCAUCCCACAUGGCACCCCUCCCCUGGCCCCACCGCAAGCAGAGCUGGAGACACUGGCAGUGGACCAGGUCAACGAGGAGAAGGUCGUGCGGAAGCGCUCUGGAACCGACAGGACAGUUUAACACUGCAAUGCUAACAUGCACAUAAACACAUCUACUGUAUACACACUGCAAGAGCAGGAUGGAGCCUGACCCACUGUGUAGCCUGCUUUUGACGCAACACUGCAAUAUUUAAAAAGUACAAAAUUAUAAUUUUGUUCAUGGUAUUCCAUAAAGACUUUUUCUUGAUAUACAUUUAAAAAAGGACUACUAUAAAGCAUGCCAAAUGUUUCUUAUUUACACCCAGUGAGAUCUUGUAUUAUACACAUCUUGACUUUUUGCUUAGACUUUCUCUUCAUCCUGUCUUAUGUGGUGCAUACAACAAACUCUCAGCCAAAUAUCUGCAUCAGUGCCUGCUCGACCGGAUCAACCAUACACAAGCUGUGUAGUGUAGUCAUGGCUCAUAGUUAUCUUUACAUAUCUCUGUCUGCUCCAUCUUCUCAACAACAGUCUGGAUAUACAGUAUCAACAAACUAUAUAACACGAUGUCCGCAGCUGCAUAGGAUAGAACUGAAAUUAUUAAACUAAUACUCCCCGAAUGUCUUUCAUCUUCUUGUGAUGUCAGUAUGAUAACGUUACUGUAAGUACGAGCUGCAUAAUGUGCAAUUGAGAUUUACUGGUGAGAGGUGAAAGAGCUGUAAUUUCAUCUUUCUUUCGUUGGCUUGCAAAAACAGCAGCGGCGUACGUGUGUAAAGCAGCAUGAAACGAUGGGCGUUUAUUUGUGUGUGUGUGUGUGCGUGCGUGAGAGGGAAAGAGAGAGGGAUUGGUGUGUGUGUUUCAGAGAGAGACAGUGAAGGCCAUUGAGAGAAUUAAGUUUUGGCUUAAACAGUACUGAUUGAUGUUAUUUGUGAUACAAGGGCAUUUUUGAAAACACUGCUGUAAUAGGGUUUUGUGAUAUUAUUACCUGUACUUUAUAAAGGCUGUACAUUUGUAAUGAAUUCUUUUUUUUUUUUAUUUAUUGUUUAAUAGAGAACACAAAAGCACCUCAGAUAUUGACAGUAGUUACAGCACCACCAACACGACGGUAAUUAUAAUCACUUAAUAACCUGCUUUUCACAUUAAUAUCACUUGUCCUUGAAGUAUACGUAUGAAACAAUACAAUAAAGCAAUGCUUUUUUGGUUUGGU